AUGGACAAUUUAAACAUCAAAAAGCUUGCAUAAAAUGCUGAACAAUUAGCUAAAAAUAGUAACUACACUGUUUUGGUUACAGGAGCUAGCGGCUAUAUUAGCAGCCACAUUGUUAAUUAAUUACUUCACUUAAAUUACAAAGUUAGAGGUACUGUUAGAGAUGCUCAAGAUAAAUCAAAAUAUUAACAUUUCUAUGAGGCUAUUCCUUAAAAAUAUCAUCCUAAUAUGACUUUUGUUUCAGCUGAUUUGAAUGAAGAGAAGGGAUGGGAUGAAGCUGUAAGUGGUUGCUAAUAUGUAAUUCAUGUAGCAUCUCCUUUUUAUUAUGAUGCAAAAAGUGCAGAAGAAAUGAUAGUUCCUGCUGUAAAAGGAACCUAAUAUGUUCUAAAUGCAUGUGUUAGACACCAUUAAACUGUUAAGAAAGUUGUUUUAACCAGCUCAGGUAAAGCAAUUUUUGAAGGAAAUUAUGAAAGAAAUUACUUCAAUGAAAAUGAUUGGUAGAAUCACGAAAAUGCUGGUUUUUAUGGAUAAUCUAAAUAUUUUGCAGAGAAAGAAGCCUGGAAAAUCUACGAAGAAAAUAAAGAAAAACUCAACCUUACUGUUAUAAAUCCAACUCUUGUCCUUGGCCCACCUCUAUAAGGAAAAGUAUCUGCUAGUUCAUUAAUUAUUAGCAAUCUUCUUAAUGGCAAGUUAAUACCUCAACCAGUUUGCCUUGGUAUUGUUGAUGUUAGAGAUAUUGCUGCAGCUCACGUUGUAACUAUUUAAGAUUCAUUAUCUUAAGUAACAAAAGGACAAAGAUAUAUAAUAUGUUCUUAAUCCAUGUGGGUUAAAGAUAUUGCAGCUAUUUUACACGAGUAUUAUCAAACAAAAAGACCAGAUUUAACUAUUCACAAAAAAGAAUUAACUCAUGAAGAAUUUGUAGAAAAAGCUAAAGUCUUUCCUCUGUUUAAAGAAACCUUAAGACAAAGUGGCUAAUAUUUAAUCAUGGAUAACCAAAAGAGCUUGCAAUAAUUAGAUAUGUAAUACAUAGGAAUAUAUCAUACAAUCAUUGAAACUUCUGAAGCAAUUCUUAAAAACGGAAUUUGA